AUAAGCAUGAACAUGUGUUGUAACUGAUGUGAAUAAGGACCUUGGCUCCAGGUGAGAAAAGAAAACUUCCCUGAAUGGGUCACUGAGCGCACCGUUAGUGUCGGUGUCCAGUGUCGUCGCACGAAGAGUGCAAUGUGUACCGCGCAGGGCUUUAUGAGCGUAAACACAGAGGCCUCCCGUGCGCCUUUGAUCACACACACAUGCACUCUUCGAGAGUUUUCGGUGGGUGAGCCUCAAGGUCAGGUUGCUUGUGGGAGGAAAUAUGAUGCCAGAGGGUGGGGCUGCCCCGUGGAUCAUCGCUCACUCUCUCAUCUUUGAGUGCCUGUCAUGUUUCUCAUACGCACCCUCGUUCAGCUCAGCGUGGAUUAUCUGGGCUGCUGUUGCAGCUUUUGAAUACCUCAACACAGCCUCUCAGCUGUGGGCAGAGGUAUGAAAAACUCCUGGCUCUCUCUGGCUCCCUCAACCAAAUGAGGGAGGGCCUAUAUUUGCCAAGCACGCCAGUAUUAAAAUAAAAAAUGGUAGCUGAUGGAAGCUGUAAGGCAGAAGCAGGCUGAGUAUCCCCGAGAACGACUUGUGAACUAUUUAAUGACAUGUGAGAAAGAUAGUCUUUGGAAAUGUGAGCUGGCAGAUGCAACACAAUAUCAAGCUACUUGUCAGGACUUCAAGUUGCCUUCUGUUGGGACGCUUCCACCAUGGGAAUCCAAGAAAUGAAAACCAUCUCACUGCACUGAUUCGGUGCAGCACCAUCGGGGCAGGGACAUGCCAAUUUCCUUUUUCAUCACAAAUGACUGAUGAGAAACUAGGCUGCGCUUUUCAUUUUUUUCCCUUCAGUCACUCGCAGAAAAGCCUGGUGACAAGGGGUCAUCUUCUUAAGCAUUUUCCUCUUCAUUGUUUGCUGUGGAUGGCGUUGCUCUCGUGCAGAAACUGUGAAUUUUUUUGAGCCAACGUGUGUUUUCUUUUUGCAUUGGAGACAAAAGCAGGCCAUUAUGCAAUGGCAGAAGUUAAAGCCGCCGGAGCCAGAUGAUCCUAUCUGUUGCUGUGAAUGCGAUCUCUACCAGUACGGAUGUUGCUGCGACUGCGAGGAUCUGGAUGAAGCCUUUAACAGAUGGCUGAAAGACAAACCAUCUAAAAGUACAUUUCAGUCUCCUGUAUUUGCUGCCAUGACUGACAAUCUGGAAAUUUCCCUGAUCCCGGCCCUGCUGAUGCUGCCUCUGCUGCUGAAGGUUGCAGCGUUGCACUACCUGCUGGGUAUAACCGUCCUGACAGCUCUGCCUGGCCUGGUGCUGUGGUACUACUAUGCAACGCACCGAAAGAAGAGACGCACCCUCUUCUUCCUCACCCUCGCAUUGUACUCUCUGGCCUACAUGUAUUACCUCUUCAUCACAGAGAUUUUACCGCGUGGGGACGUCAGCCAGCUGCAGGUGUGCACCGUGACCUCCGGGAUGAUCUUCACUAUAGUCUCUCUUAUUCACACCAAGAAAGGCCCAGGAUUUGUGACUGCUGCCCUUCACGACUCUCACAGUCACAGUCAGGAGGAUAAAAAGGAGUCCACACAAGUAAAUAAUGGAUCUAUCCAAUCACCAGCCUCUCCCUCAGGGACACCAGCAGAGCUGCAAACCCCAAAGGAGGGCCUCGGAGCAAAGUGGAGCAGGUGUCCUUUGUGCAAAAUAAUGCGACCACCGCGGGCUGGUCAUUGUCGAACCUGUGGCUCAUGUGUCCAGCGUUUGGAUCACCAUUGUAUCUGGAUAAACAGCUGUGUAGGACAGGCAAACCAUCGCAGUUUCCUGCUGACCCUCUCUGUGUUUGUGUUGACCUCUCUGUACGGGAUCAGUUUGGUGCUUUGCAGCCUCUGUCCUCGUCAGUAUCUAAUGACAGCGCUCUUCUACUGCCCCGGCGUCUACACUCAGUCUAGCACAGCACUUUGCUUUACCUGUGCGUGGUACAGCAGCAUUGUCGCAGGUGGACUGCUUUACCUCUUGGUGACACAAGUUCUCAAUAUCAGCUUUAACGUGACGGAGCGAGAGGCUCAGCUGGCUCUGAGGAACAAAACGGGCCAGAGCCGCCUGUGGGGACUCGUCGUUGACACAGGAGAGUAUUCUCGUGGCUUCUACCAGAACUGGGUUGAGUUCCUCACCAUGACAGAUGCUUCAGCUUCGUCUCGGUCCAGCCUUACUGACUUGGUCUAGUUGUGCUUAAUGCACUCGGUGACAUCGUGGUAAUAUGCAUGGAUGAAGAAUUAGAGUUCAUAUUUCUUUUUCAAUACAUUCCAGGAUUGAGGUAUUAAUAUGAACAUGUUUUUAAUGACUGUUUAAAGAUGCACACGUGUGUUAGGGGUUUGGAUUUUUAGCACCAUUUUCUGCUGAAGCUUUUGACCUGGACACAUGCAAGACAGUCUGUGGAUUUUGUGCCUUUUAUAAAAUUUAAUCAAAGACUGCAGACAUUAUAGCCUGCCUUUUUAUACACCUGCAGAAAGUAAGAAGGAAAUAUGUUGUCUUUAUAAAAAAUAAUCUCACUGCAUGCAAGUCAAAAAAAUCUAAUAAACUUCAAAAUGAUA